CUGCCUUGAACCCCAUUCCUUCCCCCUGGGAAUCUCCUCCUUGCUCCCAGGAACCCAGGGAUGACUCACGUGGCGCCGGCACCUCUCACACCGGGCGAUGCGUUCCUGCCGUGGGCAAGCACCGACCGGCACCAGCGCCGGCCUCGGCAGAGGGACGCCCUGCAGGCUAGCUAACAGGAUCGGGGGACCAUGAACUGGGGGGUGUUCGAAGGGCUCCUCAGUGGGGUCAACAAGUACUCCACAGCCUUCGGCCGCAUCUGGCUCUCCGUGGUCUUCAUCUUCCGCCUGCUGGUCUACGUGGUGGCGGCCGAGCGGGUCUGGAGCGACGACCACAAGGACUUUGACUGCAACACGCGGCAGCCGGGCUGCACCAACGUCUGCUACGACCACUUCUUCCCCGUCUCCCACAUUCGCCUCUGGGCCCUCCAGCUCAUCAUGGUGACCUGUCCGUCCCUCCUGGUCAUCAUGCACGUGGCCUACCGGGAGGCCAAGGAGCAGAGGCACCGUGCCGCCGGCGGGGAUGACGGCCGCUGCAUCUACCCCAACCCCGGCAAGAAGCGGGGGGGGCUGUGGUGGACCUACCUGCUCAGCCUCAUCUUCAAGGCUGGCGUAGACGUGGUCUUCCUCUACAUCUUCUACCACUUCUACAGGAACUACACCCUGCCCCGGCUGGUGAAGUGUGAGCUGCCUCCCUGCCCCAACAUGGUGGACUGCUUCAUCUCCCGGCCCACCGAGAAGAACAUCUUCACCCUCUUCAUGGUGGUCACUGCCUGCGUCUGUGUCAUGCUGAGCCUCGUCGAGGCCGCCUACCUGAUCGGCAAGCGGUGCCGCGAGUGCCUCCUGGCCGGCAGCGGGGACAGCCAUCAGCACGGCCAGGACUGCGCGCUCUCCCACACCGAGCCCGUGGGCAUGGCGGGGCAGGUUUUCCAUGGGGCGGACUACAAACCUCCCACGGUCUCCAUCCCCCCCACGGCCUCCAGCCCCGGCACGCUGUCCGAGGAGGAGGCUCUUCCCUAGAGCUGCCUGGGGGAAAGCAGGAGCCGCUCAUCUACGCUGCACCCUCCUCCUCCUCCUCUUCCUCCUCCAUCCCCCCCGGUGCAGGAGCCCUGGGGGUGGCAGCACCUCGGAGUCGGGCUGUGCUCAAAGGCUCUCUGCCUCUCCCGUCCUGGGGAAGGCACGUUACAUCAUUCUGCCGAAUUUGGGGUAAACCCAGGUGCUGUAGGACACGUGCGGUCCCCGAGAGCCGACAGGGACAAGCAGCUCCGUGGCGGCUGUGAACUGCCAGUGGUGCCCGGAGGUCGAGCCUGUCCCAGCCGGUCUGGCUUAGCUGGUCCUGAGGGUAUCCUUGCCAUGAAUAAAAAUUUCUGUCCCUCAGAAAUGAUGGCCAAAUUGGUUGUUCUCCUGCUCCUUGGGCACAACACUGCCAAGAGGGGAGCAAGGGCUGCAUCACCCCUGGAGAGGCAUCGCUCCCACGGGCAGCUCCGGGCUGGGUUUGGACCAGCCGCGGUGACAAACAGCUGGCUGCCGGCUUGGGUCUGCUGGAGAAAAGCCAGUGAAAAUUGGAGAAGUCCCUGGAGCUGGGCAUGAGUGACGGCUUUGGCCAGAGAGGGGGAGUGCCGCGGCUCGGCGGGUAGUUUUUGGGGUGCACGGGAUGUUAUGAGGUCUGCGCUGCCCAGAGAAGGGCUUGUCCUUGCACCCAGCAAGUCAACGGCAAAACUCUUGCUGCAUUCACCAGGCACUGGUUGCAGGCGAGGAAGGAGGACAGCUUAAUUCUCUCCCUGUAAUCCCAGGCUUUAAAAAAAUAAAUUCUUGAUUUAAGAUGGGCUACUGGGCACAGGCAGGCACACCCAGAAAUGUGAACGUCCCCAGGGACACACGGGUGGCAGAGCUCUUUGCAGCCGUGGGCUGCCAGGGACAGGCUGGAGCAAUUUAAAAAUGUCACAAAUUUUCAAACCAGCUCGGAGGUGGCAGGGGAGAGGGGCCAGCCAGGACGGGCACCCUUGACCCCCCCCAGGGAACCCCUCUCCCUAUCCCUCACCCUACGUAAGCUGCACCGCAAGUGUCAUGGCCAUUUCAGACUGAUGUGAUCGUCAUUAAUAACAGUCAUUAGCUGAGUGGGGACAAGAGCAUGUGCUUGAUGCAGCAGCCACCUUGGCGAAGCACGGGGGUGAGGAUCCGGCCGGGCAGGCAGAGCCCGCUGUGGGCUGCCAGCUCUUCCUGCCCGGCCAGAGAAAAACACCCAAGCAAAACAACUGAAUAAAGGAGAGGAAAACACCCCAACCAUUGAUUAAACAAUAACAUUAAAUGGCAGAAUAUGUUCUUGUUUAUUGCUGUAAUAUGUCGCGUUCUGCCGUGACUCAGGCAGCACUGCAAUUUCUAAGGGCAUCAACGGUAACUGAGCAUUAGCCGGGAUGAAUAAUUAACAAUAAUUUCAUGGCAAAUGCACUCAUAAGUAACAUUAACAUUGAACAUGCAGCUUGA